AUGGUUUUGUUCGGUUCAAAGGUCAGCUCUCGAGUUCCGGUCAUCACGUCUACGAGAAGGCCAUAUGUUAUGCCUCUCUCGUUGAGGAUGCUGGGAUGCUGGGAUGCUGAAGACGAGAUUUGGUUUAGGGGAACGGGUAAGGGGCUGAGGGGAACAGCAAAGGGGUUAAGGGGAACGGCUAAGGGACUGAGGGAAACGGCUAAGGGGUUAAGGGGAACGACUAAGGGGUUAAGGGGAACGGCUAAGGGGCUGAGGGAAACGGCUAAGGGGCUGAGGGAAACGGCUAAGGGGUUAAGGGGAACGACUAAGGGGUUAAGGGGAACGGCUAAGGGGCUGAGGGAAACGGCUAAGGGGCUGAGGGAAACGGCUAAGGGGCUGAGGGAAACGGCUAAGGGGCUGAGGGAAACGGCUAAGGGGCUGAGGGGAACGGUUAAGGGGCUGAGGGAAACGGCUAAGGGGCUGAGGGAAACGGCUAAGGGGCUGAGGGAAACGGCUAAGGGGCUGAGGGAAACGGCUAAGGGGCUGAGGGAAACGGCUAAGGGGCUGAGGGAAACGGCUAAGGGGCUGAGGGGAACGGCUAAGGGGCUGAGGGAAACGGCUAAGGGGCUGAGGGAAACGGCUAAGGGGCUGAGGGAAACGGCUAAGGGGCUGAGGGGAACGGCUAAGGGGCUGAGGGAAACGGCUAAGGGGCUGAGGGAAACGGCUAAGGGGCUGAGGGAAACGGCUAAGGGGUUAAGGGAAACGGCUAAGGGGCUGAGGGAAACGGCUAAGGGGCUGAGGGAAACGGCUAAGGGGCUGAGGGAAACGGCAAAGGGGCUGAGGGAAACGGCUAAGGGGCUGAGGGAAACGGCAAAGGGGCUGAGGGAAACGGCUAAGGGGCUGAGGGAAACGGCAAAGGGGUUAAGGGAAACGGCAAAGGGGUUAAGAGGGACGGCAAAGGGGCUGAGGGAAACGGCUAAGGGGCUGAGGGGAACGGCAAAGGGGCUGAGGGAAACGGCUAAGGGGCUGAGGGAAACGGCAAAGGGGCUGAGGGAAACGGCUAAGGGGCUGAGGGAAACGGCAAAGGGGCUGAGGGAAACGGCUAAGGGGUUAAGGGAAACGGCUAAGGGGCUGAGGGAAACGGCUAAGGGGCUGAGGGAAGCGGCUAAGGGGCUGAGGGAAACGGCUAAGGGGCUGAGGGAAACGGCUAAGGGGUUAAGGGGGGACGGCUAA